UCCAUUGGUUGUAGCAGCUGUCAUUCAGCCACCUCCCCAAAAAUCGGAAUUACGAGACAGGCGACGCAGCGCAGCCCCGAGGACGAAGCGACUGGGGGGAAGAAAGCGACCAGGCGACAGGUUGGCUCUUCCCCUGCCUGACAAAACCUCUGCCCUUUCAGUGGGAGAACUCUCACCCCUCGUUCCCCCCUCCCCUUCCUCCCAACCCCGGCUGUCACAGGAACCCCCCCUCCUCCCUCCCCAUCCCAGUUGCCCCCUGAGCGCCACGACAUUCCCGCAGCCCAAAUGGCGGCCCGUCCCUCCAGACCCAACGGGCAGCAGGCAGGCAAAGUGUGCCAGUUUAAGCUGGUGCUCCUGGGCGAGUCCGCCGUGGGCAAAUCCAGCCUGGUGCUGCGCUUCGUCAAGGGCCAGUUUCAGGAGUACCAGGAGAGCACUAUCGGAGCUGCUUUCCUGACGCAGUCUGUGUGCCUGGACGACACCACGGUCAAGUUUGAGAUCUGGGACACCGCGGGGCAGGAGCGGUACCACAGCCUGGCCCCCAUGUACUACAGGGGAGCGCAGGCAGCCAUUGUGGUCUAUGACAUCACCAACGCGGACACAUUUGGGCGGGCCAAGACCUGGGUGAAGGAGCUGCAGAGGCAGGCGAGCCCCAACAUCGUGAUCGCGCUGGCGGGGAACAAAGCCGACCUGUCCGCCAAGAGAGCCGUGGAGUACGAGGAGGCGCAGGCCUACGCGGACGACAACAGCCUGCUGUUCAUGGAGACCUCCGCCAAGACGGCCAUGAACGUCAACGACCUCUUCCUGGCGAUAGCCAAGAAAUUGCCAAAAAGUGAGCCCCAGGCAGGCGGAGGGGGCCCGGCAGGGCGUGGCCCCAGGGCAGGGGUGGACCUCAACCAGCCCAGUCAGGCCAGCAAAAGCCAGUGCUGUGGGAACUGAGGAGGAGGGAGGGAGGAAGGGAGGGGGAGGGGAGGGGAGGGAGUAGGGUAGGGGGGGAAAUGCAAGUUUUUCCAGUGUGGUGAUUGAGAGAAGGGGGGGUUUGAAAGAGAGAGUGAGUGAGAAAAAGAGAGAGUGAGAGAGAGAGAGAGAGAGAGAGCACACGUGCAUUGGGAGCAAAUUUUGGCCGGAAACACACCCUGUUUAUGUACCCAAACACAAAAGACAAUGCCUGGCUGACACACUGCAGACACACUUCCUGGCUGUACGUACUCAAAGUGCGUUCUCAUGUCCCCGUGGAGCUAAUAAACCCGACACCCCGACAAAAGGGGGUUAUCCAGGACGGCAGUGAAGGAACGAGCGGAAGAAAGCACAAAUGGAAGAAGGCAGCAUCAUCUUGCUGUUGCCUGCUACAGCGCCCCCUGACUGCGAUGCUUCACGCUGCAGAAUUUCCGGUGACGCGUUUCAGAGAGCGACCGCGUGUGAAAUCAGCUUUGCGUAGCUCGGAGGGUCCGGUUCGCGUUCGCGCGCACGCGUAGGGUGUGUUUCCGGUGCAUCGCAGUCACCAAAGCCACGCCCCCUGAACAGCACAGCCCCCGCCCCCGAGACACACCACAGGGGAGGUCAGAAGAUAACAACCCGGAAGGUUCUACGUCUGAAAUCACCCACGACCGCCGUGGACGUCCACCAAAAAGUGACGCACGCGACGCGCUCCCGAGACGCUCUCGGACACACAGGGACGUCCGCGGCCGAGCGGGAGAACGGGGGGACGUGCGACCCCGCCCGCGUCCUACGCUUCGACCCCGACCCCCGGUCCCACGUUCCGCACUCGCGUCUGAACCGACCCCCCUGGCGACGCCGGGGGCUGGUUUCGAACCGGGACGGGGAACCAAAGCCGACCAAAGUAAGUGUGGACAGAGGGCGGCGUUUCCUGUGGGGUUGGGAAAGGGGGCGUCACGCUGAACCCUCUUAAAUCACGCGAGGUUUUCCUCCCUGCCGAACCGCGUUCCCGCUUUAGCCGAGCGACGCUUCGCCGCCCGCACGCUGUGGAUGCCAGCGUCCAGUCCAUCUUCCAGUGCGGGUAAGACUAGCGAGUAGUGGAGGCCGGUGCGGGAAGGGUCCUUUAGAAAGUAGGAGUGGAUCUCCCCACCGUCUCAUUGGGGUUAGGUCUGAGUAACAGUGCAUCGAUGUCGGGGUGCAGCCACACGGGAGUCCCCUGGUGACAGAGAUCCCGAGCGCACGUUUGUCAGAGAGCAGCCACGCCUCAUCAUCGCGCGUGAGAGAGCGGCCGUCAGAGAGCAGCCACGCAUCACCAUCACGCGUGAGAGAGCGGCCGUCAGAGAGCAGCCACGCCUCAUCGUCACGCGUGAGAGAGCGGCCGUCAGAGAGCAGCCACGCCUCAUCGUCACGCGUGAGAGAGCGGCCGUCAGAGAGCAGCCACGCCUCGUCGUCAUGCGUGAGAGAGCGGCCGGAGCAGCGAGGCGCUGAAGGGGUUAAACCGCGGCGCAGCUCAGGACCGCGUUCACAAAGCGUCUCGCAGCAGGAGCGCUGAUCUCGGAUCAGUUGUGCGUUUCAGCCGACAGCGGGCAGGGCUAGGCCACAGACGGGGGAAACCUGACCCUGGGUCAGUACUCUAAGGGCACUUUAUUAAUGCGGCCCAGGGGGGCGUUUCUGCACAAUAGCACAGUCUUCUCAAAGCACCAUCCCGCUCACUUCAGCACGCGUUUCUUCCAACACGAUCAAUGUACUGAGGGCACAGGUCUACCCGAAAGAGCCUUAUUUCUGUACCUAUUGUCCUAGAAAUGAUUUUCAGUUGGGUACAGUAUGAAUUAAGUGCCAUUUCCCCGACACCCCAACACACUGCUCUCACGCAAAACAAAACCCCCAAAUUUUCGCUGCAGUCAAUGGACUUUCGCAUAUGGGAAGAACUACCAACUUUUAGACUCUGACACAAAUCUAGCUGCUAUGGGUGCACACUUGGACCCACAGCAGCAGCAAUUGGACAAUUCGGAGAGGGUUCAACAUGUGGAUUCCAAGUUUAUUGACUUAGUUUCACCCCCAGUGACUGGGUUUUCCAUAAAAGGGCGUACUUCUUUCCAGAACGCAACGAUUGUGCCUAAGCAUGACGUGGGGACACUGCAGUAUUUUAAUCCUCUUUCUAAACGCAUUAUACGUCAUUUAUACUCUCUCCUUCAAAAACAAAUCAAGUCUUUGCAGAAAAUAAAACACAUGUAUAUCAAAAAAAAGGUAUAAAUGCAUAACAAGGUAUAUAUUGGAAAAGUGUCUGUCUUGGCUUAGAGGCUAUAACCGAGGAGGAGCAAGGUGACCGUUUGCCACAGUGUAUUUAAUGUAAGUAAGUAAUUACUGCAAACAAGUCCUGUCUUGUACGUAUGAAAAUAAAUUGUCUUUCAUAUUA